AUGUCGCACAUCGAACUCAGCCGGCAGCGCAUCACCAACGAUGUUCUCCGCGUACUUGAGCAGCUUGAAUCUGCCUCCAGCCACGAAUACACCAUCGUCAAGAUCAGCGAGCCGAUCUCCUCCGCUGCACACGCGUCAGACGACGCCAAGACCACCAACAACAAUGACAACAACAAUGCGGCCCCGCGAACCUCGGACGUAUCGACCUCAUCCCUCGACGCGCCGACCCCGUCCUCGCUCGAGGCCGACCUGGCCCACUACCGCGAACUGUUCGCCAAGCUGCGCUUCUCCUACGUCGAGCAGGUCACAAAGGAGAAAUUCAUCCGCGCCAUCGUCGGCGACCCGCCGCUGAUCGUCUCGCCGCAGGAGAUCGCUGAUCUCGAAGCGAGCAAUGCCGAGGCGAAAGCUGAGCUCAAGGCGCUCAAGACCGAGGUCGCCGAGAUGGUGGAUACCCUAGAACAAAGGGGGAGGGAACUGGCCGGGCGGUAUGAGAAGGUUAAUGGGGAGAUGCAGUUUGCGAGGGAGUUGCCCGGGAAGAUUGCCGCGUUGGAGGAGAGGGUUGCGGAGCUGAGGGUGAGGCAGCAGCUGCUUGCGCCGGGCGCGAAGCCUGAGAUGAGUCUCCCGCUGGGAAAGACGCUUGCGCUGGUGGAGGGCAAAAGGAGGGAGCUGGCCGGGGUGGAGAGACAGCUGGAGCUAUUGAGUGCGCAGGUGCCGCGGAAGAGGAAGGAGGUGGAGCGGUUGAGAGGAGAAGUGGCUGCGCUGGAGAACAGGCGGGCGAAUAGUGCUGCCGCGGCGAGGGAGGCUAAAAGGAGGAGAGGGAAUGCGCAGAGCGGGGUGGAGGAUGAGUUGGAGGCGAGGGGGAGGUGGUACAGAGCUUCGGAGACCGUACUACGGCGGGUGCUGGAUCUGCAGGGGUGA